GGAUCCGUACACUCUGCCGCAGGCAGCGUACGUACCAGUCAGAGUCCGAUCGCUCUCCGUCAGCAGCAUCUCCAAUCGCAGAUCACUAGUCCUCCGCAGCAACCAAAGCUCGGGAGUUUCGCUUUCCCCUCCUAUGGACCAGAAGGGAUGCAAGCACCUCCUAUGCCGGGUAGUGUAGAACGCCGCCCGAUGUAUAGAAGCAACUCAAGCGAGGAAGCAGUAUCGAAUGCCGGCAAACGCAGGAUGUCUGCUCCUGCGGACGUCGACCCCACUCAGAUGUUCCUCGGCGUUGGCAGCGGGAACAAGAGAAGCCGGAAGAACUCGGAUGGUACUGAGGAAGUAUGGAGCGCUGAUGUUGAAGAAGCGUUUCAUCAGGCUAUCAAAGUUGUUCCAAAGCUGGGAAGACGCAAGAUGCAGAUCAAUGGCAAGCUGUGUGGCAGGAACGAGCUCAUUGCGGAACAUAUUUAUAAACUCACUGGGAAGCGUCGUACGAGGAAACAAAUCUCGAGCCAUAUCCAAGUGCUCAAGAAUACCCAUAAGAACGAUCAUGAGUUGAUGAAAGCACUUGUGGACCCGGUGUUCGAGGAAGAUGGCAAGGCAGAUCAGAAAGCUACUAUGCCAGCCGUGCGCUCGCAUCGUCUUUCUAACGUUUCUAUCACGUCUGAUAUACUGAUGGAUCCGGGUUUGUCUCCCCAGUCUGGCUCUCCCACAGACUCUUCCUCCAUGAUGCCCAUCACGCCCUCGUACAUGUCUUCCGCACGUGGCUCGUUCGAGAGCAGCGCUUCCUCUCGCCCGAGCGCCUACCCUGGGUUUGCGACCAGCCAUCUGGGAAGCCCGACCGUCGUGUCUGGCUUUUCCAUAUGGGCAUCUGGGCCUAUACAGACCAUCCCCGCCCACUACUAUGCGAAAGCAACGUUCCCGAUUCCAUCUCCACACGCGAUGCUCGAUGUCGUCUUCUUCGAGGACCUUCCGAUGGCAGAUAUCCGUUAUGCUCAAGUCAAGUACAUGUACGAUACCCUCCCGUGUCAGUUCCUGCACAUCGAGAGUCAACUUGUGCUUCCGCCUUUGCACGAGUCAUCCGCCAUCCUCGAGGGGGCACAGAGCAUGUGCGCCUCGCUCUUCCUCAGCUCUGUCCAGGAGCUGGACCUCCGAUGCGUGACGACCGUGUACUGGCUCGGAGAGGCAAAGAGCACGACGGACGUUCCUGUCGACCUUAUCGAGACUCGUGCGAACGACGAACAUCCCUACCAAUACACGGCGCCGUUUAUGCCUCAGUUCUGGUCUUACCUUCUUGAAGGCUCGCGCUCCAAUGACCAUAUCAGCGGUGUACCUUCGGACAAGCAGGACGACCGAGAAGAGAUCUUCGAGACCGUGCGCGGGAUGAGCGUCGUGCAGAAAUUCGUGGUCGCAAGCCCUUAUUCUGCGCAUGCUGCCGGCCAGCACGCACAUCAGCAAAUAGACGACACUCAUGUGGCGCUCGUGGUCACUUGGGACUUCGAAUGCGUCCAGGGCCGCCACCCCGGAGGUGCUAAGAUUUCGAAGCUCAUGACCCGGCGCAUGGGCAACCCUUCUCCAGCACAUCAUCAUAUGGCCAUCCCGGCAUCCCAUUCUAGCGCAUUGCCGCACACGAUGCCGCAGCCAUUUGGCCAGCUACCACCUCCGCCAAUGGGGCCGGGAUCUGCGCCUCGCUCUGCUGGACGGCGGCAUAAGCCAGGGCUGAGCGUCAGCAUCCCUCCCUUACGUGGUCAACCCAACAUCCCCGCACCGAUGCUUUCUGUGACCCAUGCGUCGGACAUGACUUCUGCCGGGUUCAACAUGCCCUCUUCCCAUCCUCCGAUCACCCCUCUCGAUCAGGUCAUGCACACUCCACUCCAGCCACCAGAGAUCCCGCGCACCAUACAGCCCACUCGACGUGGUCUCCAGCUUUACGCGCCUACCCCGACUGAAUGCGUCCAUCCAAGUUUGCCCGAGUACGCCGAGUGGAGCGCUGCUCAGCGCCGACCUGAGUCUACCCAUCGUACGAGCGGCGAAGGGAUGCUUGUGCCUCCUGGGGCGGAGGAUCUGAAUCGACCAAGGAUUCGCACUGGCAUGAGUCCCCUUAACACUAUGACGCGUACUGCGAUGGGCAUGCCUACUCCCACUCUUAGCGGGUUUACUUCUCCCGGGUCGGGCAGCGCUCAUCCUAUGGAAGGAUUGAUGGCGCCCUGGUCUGCUCGUCGUAGCAACAGCAUGCUCACCCCUCACGCUCCCCCCGUCAUGCAACGCCCGGAAUACUUCCCUCGUCUGGAGGUCUCGCAAGAGCGAACACCAAGCAACUGAGUGUAACUGCGUGUAACCCCACCGACCCCACACUGUAUCAAAGCCAACCAAGUCCUUUGUAUCACAAGGAUGUACACAUAUGCUACUCUACGCCAUCAGUGCACCCUUACUGCCGUCGAACGGCAGCCAGAGUUGUGCUUAUACCUGUCUUCUACGCUGCCUUCUGGCCUUUGAGCCCUUGGGUCAUAUGGCAGCACUGUCACCCGACCAUACAUGUAUCAACAAAAUAACGUUGGU